CAGACUGAGCCUUGUUGUCGCCCCUCUUUAUCCCAUGCAGAAUGAAUGGCACAGAUGUUGUUGGACAAGACAGUACCCCUCGGUCCCCUUUCCCUCACUCCUCGCUCAGCAUGAGGUCUGGAACUUGUUUUUUGAUCAUUGUUUCCCCCCCACCUUCUCCCUCCGCGGGAGGAAAAAAAGAGCCAAAGAGGAGGGAGAUGGAGAGACUAGGAGCAGCCAAAUUAGAGAGGGAGGGUGAGGAGCACACAGCCAUGAUUCAGGAAUAUGAAGAAAACAGUGUUUCAUAUCUCCAGAUAACAAGUGUGUGUAGGUCAGGUCACACGCUGGAUGCUAGCGGUCCAGGAGUUCAGAGUUCCAGUAUGGACGGUUCAGUGGAGCUGCAGUAGGGUUCUGGUCCUGCAGACAGGAAGUGAGGACUGAAGAUGCGGGUUGGUGCGUGGCUCUUCCUGGUGUCCUGGAUCUACACCUGCUCAGAGUCCUCUCACAGGUGCAUGGGCCAAGACUUGUGUCCAUCCGAGUCGGGACAGGACAGAGGGUCAAAGAGCCGGGUCAGGGAGCACGCUGGUCCCGGGGCGGGACACCAGCACCCCCCCCACAGGAGCCGGCCACACCGCAGGAAAGGUUCCAGAGUUCACUCGCAGGAGUCGCCCCCCCGCAUCGUGCACCACCCCUCUGACGUAGUGGUGAAGGUGGGCUACCCCGCCACGCUGUCCUGCAGGGUGGAUGGAAGCCCCCCGCCCUCAAUCCAGUGGCUGAGGAACGGCCAGCCUCUGGACCUGUCUACGGGGGAGGGGGGGGUGCAGCCCAUCAUGCUGUUGGAGGGGAGCCUGUUCUUCCUCAGCGUGAGAGGGGGGGGCCGGCGGGCUCAGUCUCAUGAGGGCAUCUACACCUGCGUGGCCAGGAGCAGCGCCGGGGAGGCCCUCAGCCGCAACGCAUCGCUGUACAUCGCAGGGUUGCAGGACGAGUUCAGUGUGCAGCCCAGUGAUGUGGAGGUGGCAGAGGGGGAAGUGGCUGUGUUGAACUGCGCCCCCCCGGUGGGACACCCUGAACCUAAUGUGAUGUGGAAGAAGGACGGCCUGCGCAUCAACAGCACUGAUCACCACUACACUGAGCUGAGUGGGAAGCUGAUCAUCGCUCCUGCAGAGAGGAACCACUCUGGAGCUUAUGUGUGUGUGGCCAGAAACACUGCGGGGGUGAGGGAGAGCAGGGCGGCCCGGCUCUCUGUGCUGGCCAAGCCUGUGUUGGUGCUGAGGCCUGGAGACGUGUCAGUGAGGACAGGCCAGUCUGCACAGUUCUACUGCAGGGCUAAAGGGGACCCCCCCCCUUCUGUUGCCUGGAGCAGAGAGCAGGGGCCACUGCCCAACGGAAGGUAUCUUAUAAACCCAGACCAGACUCUGCAGAUCCACUAUGUGACAGCUGAGGAUGCUGGGAAGUACACCUGCACUGCUGUCAAUGAUGUGGGGGUGGUCAGUGCCAGCGCACAGCUACUGGUUGAAGAUGCUAGCAGCACUACACAGAGAGACCUGCACAAAGAGCUGUCGGCCCUGCGAGUGGCCCUGGAGAACGUCAGCAUUGUGGCCCCUGGCUCUAACAUAUCACAAGUGCAGUGGAAGCUGCAGUCCCUCCCCGCCCAGCCUCAUUACCUGGACGGCUUUGAGGUUCUGUACCGCUCUCUGCUGCCUGCCAGCUCCGACUGGGCGGCAAACAAAGUGACCGUGCCCAGCUUCCAGGCCCAGGUGGGGCCCUUAAAGAGAGGCUACAAGUACGAGUUCAAAGUGCGUCCCUACGGCAGCAGCUUGUACGGGAGGGAGAGCAACACGCGGCACCUCAGAGUCCCUGAGACAGUGCCCGGGGCCUCUCCAGUGUCUGUGUCCAUCACAGUGAGCCAUGAGCAAAACAACACCAUCCAUGUGAGCUGGGAGCCCCCUCCUCAUGAAACACACAACGGGAUCAUCCAGGGGUACCAGGUGUGGUGUGUGGAGUCUGAGGAGCAGCAGAACCACAACUGGACGGUGGACAGUGGUCACCACACUCUUGAAAUCUCCACUCUCAAACCAGGGAGACGGUAUUGGAUCACCAUAGCAGCGGUCAACGGAGCUGGAGUAGGAAUGCUGAGCGACCCUCAUGGGUUUGUCAUCAACCCACAGAUAGAGGCCCCCCCUGGGUCAGACAGCGACAGAGGGGAGCUGUCUGAGGUCCUGGCCCUGCUCCAGGACCCUGUGUUGAUCGGCAGCGUCGGCGCCCUCCUGUGGUUCCUCCUGAUGGUUGCAGCUGUGUACCUCUUCAAACGCCACAGCAAGACAGGGCAGCUGAUCCCAGGACACGGCCGGUUCAAAGGUUUGCACAGGCUGGCCGGUGAAGAUCUCAUCAUAAAACACAGGAUGGCAGCCCCUGACUCCCCCUGGAUCUCUGGAGGCUGGAGACCUGCCUUCAGCCAGAAGUACCAGGACCUGUGGGCCCAGGGUCAGAAACAUCCAGGCAUCAGGGGCGCCAGCCUGCCAGUCUCCUGGAAGGACCCCCGCUGCAUGGACUCAGCGGUCCCCAUCGUGACGGACAGCUGUGGCGUUUACGGCACUUUCUACGUGGACCUGAUGGGAAAUGGUCUGAAGACCUUCAACAGUCCUGGGAGCCGCCCUAAGGCUCCUCACGGUGUCCCCCUUCAGCAGGGGGAGACCAUCCAGAUCUUCUCUCAGCCCCUCGCAAAGAGCGCGUCCCUGGGGAGCCGCGAGGCGUUGUCAUGGAAACAGGCUAUACGCCCCCAGCCCAGGAUGGGGGUGCUGAGGGAAAAAACCCACAGCAAGCAAGAGCUGCAUGCAGUGAACAGCGCCCCCCUGGCGCCCAGCAGGAGCCAGGCCUGCCCCUCCAGUGUGUUCAGACAGAGACUCAGUCACAUCCCAGCAGCCCGGCACGGGGGGCAUCCAGAGUGGGAUAAAGCUGCUGGCUGUCCUCGACUGCUGCAUUACUCUGCAUCCUUACACCUGAUGGACAUGCUGCCCCCCCCACCACCAAUGCCACUAGAGGACACCAUGGACUCACACAGCCUCAGCUCAGAUGAAGGCUCCAGUCGUUCUACGAAGCUAUCAGUGGACAUGGGCUCUCUCCAGUCAGUGUGUGAUGCGUCCUGCCGCUGUGGGCAGCCCCCCCCCACCAACAACAGCUGCCCCUCCUACAGCCACCUGUCUACUGCAUCAUACUCCAGGUCAAUGGAUGAGGAGCAGGGGGGCACGCUGACAGCAGAGGAGGCUACACAGUAUCUGGAGCUCAGCCCCAAACCUGAGAGGAGCAGUGCUCUACCUCAGCAGCGUCCCUCUCUGUCGAACCCCUUCUCCCCCACCCUGAGCUACAUCUAUGAGCGUGUCCACUCCCCUCAGAUGGAGGAGGACCCCCCCACCCAUGAGCCAGAGGUCCCAACGAUGGGCCUGCGCCGCGCCCGCCUGCAGAGCCCCCCCCCCUCCUCCUGCUGCAGCGAGGGGGACGGCUCCCUGUGGAACACCUGGAGCUCGGUGACGGGCAGCAGCCUGGCCAGCGCCCGCAGCAGCUUCAUCAGCUCUGUGGACAGCUGCUGCACCGAGGACAGCGCCACCUUCAGACGCCUGCUGGCCGCUGCAGCCGGGAGCAUGGGCGGAACCUCGCUGUCAGACUUCUCCCCGCCGGCCUCUCCCCUCAGCGCCGUGUACCCGUCGUUCUGUGAGGGCGACUCGGCGGAGCUGGAGCCGGUCCCUGCGUGGGAGUGGAACCUGGCCUGGGUGGAGGAGAUGGAGGCUCAGUACAGAGCUCACUAUCCUGCCAGGAGCUCCAAACCCUUUGACACUUAGGCAUCAGAGGAAAAGAUGUGACAUGACUGCAUUUUGAGAACUUCACAAACACCUCACAGCGAUGCCAGAACAGCAAGACAAGAAGAAGGGACGGAUGAUCUUCAUUUAUUUAUCUGAGAGGGCUGGAAUUGAAAGGUUGAAAUACUUCAGGGUUUGAUAGCGUUCUCCCUGUCAAUAAAAGUUACAUGUCUGGAUUUCAAAUAUAAUUGGAGCAAACUCCUUGAUGUUUGAGAUGCUUCUGUUUGUCUGUAAUAGUUUUACCUCAGGGCAGUCCGACUACUGUUUGCAUCCUCCAAAGGACUUCCAUUGAGGCUCGAAAGUUUUCUUUCCGCUCAUUAGAGGAUAAUGAGACACUUCCCCUGGGCUCUUCUCACCCAGUGUGUUUGAAAAGGCCAGAGACACAGAGACAGGAUGGAGACGGAGAAUCCAGUCAUUAGCAGCGUUGCACACUUCCUCACACACAUGUUUGUUUCUUAUUUUCCUCCAAGAUUUCAUUUGGGCUGGAGUCCUACCAAAUGAUCACUUCUGUAUAUUCAGCAUAUUCAACAAAUGUUAUUCAAAGAACUUAAUCACAUUCCAAAUCCUGUUGUCUCUUACAGUUUAUUACAUUCUGGGAAUCCUUUUACAGUAUAUUUGAAGAUUGUUUUUUACUUUAUACGCUCUGUCCUUUUUUUAUUUUACAAAAAGUUUGUAUAAUACAAAACAUGAUGUAGUUCAGGAUAGCAGAAGUAGCUAAAGUUAUUUGUAAAAAUGGUUCAAAAUGAAUUGAACUAACUUGAACUACUUUGAAUCUGACUUUAGGAAGCAUUCCACAGUGUGCUUGAUGAUAUAAAGACUUUGAUGCAUGGCCGUAGAUUUAUUGGAGGCAUUUAUUUUGUUCUCAUAACAAAUGUGUUUAUUAUUAUUAUUUUUGAAAAACAUGUUAGAAUUGAUUGAUAUCAAGUUUUAUAUUUUGAAAAAAAUGAGCUAUGUUACAUGUAAUGUUUCAGUGAGCUGCAACCUGUGACAUUGAUACUGUCUCUUAUGUUAUUAUUUUAUUGUUAUUAAAAACACCCUCGUAUACACAUCAAA